AUGGGAAUCGAUUCUUUAUUAAAAGCUCUUAAGUCUGUAACAAAGCCCAAACAUAUUUCUGAAUAUUAGAAUAAGAAAAUAGCUGUGGAUACAUAUUGUUGGUACUUUCAAUACUUAUAGUUUAGGUUACAUAAAGGAAUAUUUUUGUGCGCUUAAGAAUUAUCAGAUGGCAGAGAGACAAAUGAACAUAUUAAUUAUUGCUUAAAAAAAGUAGAGUUGCUCAAGAAAUAUAAUAUUACUGUUAUUAUGGUAUUUGAUGGAGCAAAAUUACCUAGUAAGAAGAUCACAGAAGGAGAGCGGGAAAAGUAAUAUAAAUUUAUAUUAUUAGAAAGAGAAAUGAAAACCUAUAAAAGCAUUUAGAAUAUAAAUAAUAAGGAGAAAAAGAUAAAGCCUAUUAAAAAUUGGUUGAAUCUAUAGAUGUUACUCCUUAAAUGGCAUCUAAAUUAUUGGAAGCAUUAAGAAUAAGGAAUAUUGAAUGUAUUGUAGCUCCAUAUGAAGCAGAUGCUCAAUUAGCAUAUUUAUCUUUAACUGAUUAUGUUGAUAUAAUAAUAACUGAAGAUUCUGAUCUUAUUGCUUAUGGAGCUAAAAAAGUACUUUACAAAUUAGACAAAUUUGGUUAUGGUGAAGAAAUUGAUUACAAUUCUAUUUAAUAAUGCACUGAAUAUAAUUUUUAGAAUUGGCAUCAUUAAAAAUUUCUUACUUUUUGUAUUUUAUCAGGUUGUGAUUAUUUAAGUUCAUUAAAUGGUAUAGGAAUAAAAAGAGCAUAUUAAAUAGUAGCAACUUCAUAAAAUUAUAGAUAAGCUAUUGAUAAUCUAUAGAGGAAAUAAAAGAUCAUAGUUCCUUUUGAUUAUGUUGAUUAGUUUGAGAAAGCAUAUCUAACCUUUCUAUUUUAGAGAGUAUUUUGUCCAGUUCAAAGAACAAUGGUAACUGUGAAUACAUUUGAUACUGAUCUAUUAUAUUCUCAGAUGAAAUCUCUUUUGGAAGGAAAUCUUGACUUUUUAGGAAAUGUUUACACAGAUACUUUGAUUCAAGAUAUAGCUGAUGGUAGAAUCUGUCCAUAAGAUUUAAAACCAUAUUAAUAAUCAUCUAAGAAUUUAAAAUAUUAAAGUAUGGAAAAUAAAUAACAAAUUGAAAAUAAUGAAUUGGAUAUACCAACAUAUGGAAAAGAUAAAAAUGUUUAAGUUUUCAAAUUUAUUAAGAAAUCUUAAUCAACAAAAAUAAAUCCAGAAGAGAUUAUUUAAAAAUCAGAUGAAUCAAAAAUUAUACACUAUUCCUAAGUAGUUAAUUCAAAAUAGACUUAAAUUAAUGAAUAGUCUUAAGUAAAUAACCUAUAAAACUAUGAGUAAAGUCAUAUAUUUUCUAGUUAAUUAGAGACACUUAAAUAAAAAUCCUUAUUCAAUACUAACAUUUUAGUCAAUUAAAAUAAAAAGAAGCAGUCUAAAAUUGUGAUAAAAAAUGAAUAAAAAAGAAUUAAUGAAUAUUUUCAAUCCUCUAUUAAACCAUCCAUAUCUCUUAUUGAGAAAUAAUAUUAAAUUUCUUAAGUAGUUAAUAUGGUUGAAGAAAAAUUCUAAAGAAUUGAAAAACAAGAUAAUUCAUAGGUGGAAGAAGAAUUUCAAUAAUAUAGUAUAUCUGAGGAAUUUUCUUAUAAUUUUCAGAAAAAAUUUUAUUAUACUGACUUUGGACUUUUCUUAAAUUAAGAACUUCAGUUUAAAUAAAUAUAGCUUUGA